AUGUCAGUGCGCGCUUCCAGUCGGUUACUGCGUCAAUCAGGACGACUCGGUGGUGGUGGUGGGGUCGCCGGAUUACCGUCAGUAGGAACAAGAGCCGCAUCAACAACAGCUUCUUCUUCUGCUUCUGCUUCUGCUUCUGCUUCUGCUUCUUCUUCUUCUUCUGCUUCUUCUUCUUCUUCUUCGGUUGAAGAUGUCGCGGAAUCGCCGGCAGGUACCUCGAGCGCCGUGAAGAAAAAUGUAUACAAACCACGUCCGCCGCCGGUAUCGCCUCUUAUGGACGAAAAUAAAUACAUUCCAAUCUCACGGCGUCUUCCGCCGAAGCCCCAGCGACCGAGGGGAACUGAAAUUUUGUCUCCCAGGGAAGAAGCGUUGAAAGUUAACCCGUACGCAAAAAUACUAGCAACAGAAGUCCGCAACGAAGUCGAUUUCCACCGAAGACUGCCAUCAUGGUUCCUCAUCCGCUUCGCAAUACUCAAGCAUCCAGAAACAGAUGAGAUGUAUCUUGUUCCGGACAGAAUCAAAGAGGAGCCGCAGAGGCAGACUUUCACGGCCGGGAGGUGGGCCAUCAAUAAUAUGCAGCUAUUCAAUCUGCUUGAGGAAAGGAAGAACUGGCGAAAGCUCGUCAACCAUAAUAUUGACGGUCGUAAGAUGGUCUGGAGGAAGAACAUGGCAGAUCACGUACUGAAGAUUACCCGGGAGAGGGUUCAUCUGGAAACGAAUAAGUUACAGCGGCGGGAAAUCGUAGAGAUUCCAUGGGAUUGUGAGAACGAGGGCGAGGAAUUUUUGACGAUGGUACGGGGAAAAUCCGUUCCUUUGCAUCAUAUGCGGACACUCCUAGGGGAUGAGAUAGCUACGGAGAUUCAAGUGAAGUUAAGGAUCCCAGAUGGAGUCACUAGGAGUGGGAUAUUACUUCACGAGAGAUCAUUGAAGGCACAGAUGUGGUUGAUGAGGAUAAGAGCCUACUUAGGCAUUUAUUGA